UGUCAAAGGCUUUAUGUAUUUUAUGUAUUGUACAGCAAGCUAACUGUUCUGUACUCAAGUAAUUUUUCCUGUACUUAGAGUUCAUGCAAUAGCACAAAUGAAGAGAAAAAUGUUAGCUGCUGUCUCUCCCUAUCUGACUCACACCUCUAGUCCAUCAAUAUUUUCACAUUCUUGCUGCAGCAGUUAUAAAGAACAGUACAGAGAUGUAGCAGUCUUGUCACAUACACUAACUUCAACAAAAGAGCAAAUCUCAAAUUAAAGAUUAUACUGAACUCUAGUACAAACCAAAAAUGAUAAGAAAUAUUCUUUCACUAUAUUUGCUAGACAUGCUUCUGUUCUCUGUUGUGUCUUUAGACAUUACCUACCAUAUCAAUGAAGAAAACAACCCUCAUGCCUACAUAGGAGAUAUUGCUGCUGAUUCUAAUAUGUCACAUUUUUUUAAACAUCAACAACACAAUCUUGUUACGUUUACACAAUUACAAAGGAAGGUGUCAAGUGGCUCUCAUCUAUUUAAUGUCACCAACUUAGGGAAACUUUACACAACUCAGACACUGGAUGCUGAGUCUUUGUGUACAAUCAACAAAGAAUGUUUUAAAAUUGUUAGGAUAGCAGUUCGGAAAAGAAAAACUUAUGUAAAGAUUUUAAAAGUCAAAGUAAUCAUAAAAGACAUCAAUGAUCAUGGACCUGAGUUUCCAGAAAGUGAAAUAAACUUGCAAUUUGAUGAAAAUGAUCGGGAAGGAACUAAAAAGCCCAUUCCAAAUGCUAUUGACAGAGAUAUUACCAUUCAGAAUUCUAGGAUAGCUUAUGAACUGAAGGAAAAUAUAGAUGACCCAUUUUCAUUGUCUCUUUCAAAAGACUAUGAUGGGACUUUCAUACCUGAGAUAGUUCUACAAGGUAAGUUGGAUAGAGAAAGAAAGAAACACUAUAUGUUAAAGCUGAUUGCUAAAGAUAAUGGUAUACCACCAAAUGAAAAUAUUUUACAUUUUCAGAUAUCUGUAACUGACUCUAAUGAUAAUAAACCAUUAUUUUCUCAAAAAGUAUAUAACAUUUCAAUAAUGAAUAAACACCCCAAAUCAAAACCAAUUUUAGUUUUAGAAGCCACAGAUUUAGAUUCAGGGACAAACGGAAAGAUUGCCUUUAAUUAUAGUCCCAAAACACCAAUUGAAAUAAGAAAAUAUUUUGAGUUGAAAAAGGCAUCUGGAGAACUGUUUGUAAAUGAGUACUUCAAAAUAGAUACCAAAAAAUCUUACAAGCUGUUUGUUGAGGCUAAAGAUGGAGGGAAACCUCCCUUAAGUUCAACAACAGUGAUUUUAAUUUCUAAAGAAAGCAAUCAUAAUAUUGCUCCAAAAAUUGAUAUAGACUUUGUGUUUCCUUUGUCAGAAAGUUCGACUGCUCUUUUAGAAGACAUUAAAGUUGGUAGUUUUAUUGCUUAUGUCAUAAUUACUGACAAUGAUAUCGAAGAAAAUGGACAGAUUAAUUGUAAUUUGGAACAUGAAACCUUUGGAAUAUUUGAAAUGGGUUCACAUGAAUAUAAAAUGACCACAAAAUGUCCUCUUGACAGAGAAACAAAAGAUCGCUAUGAUAUUGUACUUGUUUGCCAGGAUAUGGGAUUUCCACCACUCAAAUCAGAAAAACAAUUUUCUAUUGAAGUACUUGAUGUCAAUGAUGUAGAGCCACAUUUUACCAAAGAGACAUUCCAAUUCCUCACCUAUGAAAACCAGAAAGUUGACUUCCCUAUUGGCUUCAUUAAUGCUACAGACCCUGAUCUUGGAGAUGGAGGCCAACUUACAUAUUCUAUCAUCAAUGAUAACAACAAUGAUAACAUUCCAUUCCAACUGACAAAAUAUGGAUUUAUUUCUACAUCACAACCAAUAGAUCGAGAAAUGAAAGACAUCUACAAGUUCCAGGUCUUAGUGAAAGAUAAUGGAACACCUUCACUGAAUGACACUGCUAAUAUUGUUAUUGAGAUUCUAGAUAAAAAUGAUAAUGCUCCGUAUUUUACGUUUCCUAAUAAUGACCCUUACAAUCUAGAUGUCCACUACCAUCCACACAGUAAGAAGGACAUCACAAUUCUGAAAGCAUCUGACAAAGACACUGGAAACAAUGCUUUCCUCACAUAUGGAAUAUUAAAAUCUAACGAUAAAAACAUGCUUACAGUAAAUUCUUACACUGGGGUAUUAUCAUUCUCUCGUAUAAUUAAUAUAAAUGAUGCUGGAACGUAUGAGCUACAGUUCAUGGUGAAAGACAGUGGUACUCCAGUUCAAUCAGCAACAACUGUUAUCAUGCUAACACUGCAUGUUAGUAAUGAUACAUUUCCAAUGCAAGCUGCAACCCAUCUCUUAUCUGGCAAUGACUUAAACAUAAUUUGGGUAAUAAUCAUUGUUGCAGCAGCAGUAAUAUUAUCUGUGGGUAUUGUAGUUUGCUUAACAAUGUGUGUUUUCAGAUGUAUUAAUCACAUUAAAAGUUCACCUUCAACUUCAGAUAAUCAUAAAAUCUUGACAGGCUCUAAGAUGAGGUCAAUGCCAUAUGAAACUAAAAAUCCUGUUGCAUUUACAAGAAAUACAGAAGACACAUAUAACAGAAAUUGUCAGACAAUGAGCUCAAAAAGUCAUUAUUACCCUGAGAUGGAAAAGACUAUCAAUGAAUGCAAAUUUUCAGCAACAGCUAGAAAACUUCCACCAAUUCCACAGCCUAUUGAUCAGCCAAGUAAGGAAUCUUCUGAUGAGCAUGGAGAAAAUAUAUCUACUAAGAGUAUCAAUUAUAUGAGUAAUACAUUGCCAUGCCAAUGGCCUUCUGAAAGUACCUGGGAUGAAAGAUAUACAAGAAAUUUCAGUGAUAUUUCUAUUACAUCAGAGUUUGAUGAAUCUAAACCAGAUGUUCCUCCAAAACCAAAUCUUCUACAAAACCAAGAUACAUAUUUAGAGCCAAUAUAUAUUGCCUGUCAGGCAAACAUUUUUCUUAAUACCAAACACUUUUACCAUCAAAUACAUCAAGGUUUGCAGACGAUAUUAAAACAGUAUAACAAUUUAAUAUUUCCAUUAAAGCAGACGAUAUUAAAACAAAAUGGCAAUUUAAUAUUUCCUUUAAAGCAGACGAUAUUAAAACAGUAUAACAAUUUAAUAUUUCCAUUAAAGCAGACGACACUAAAACUGCUCAAAAGUUGGGAAUGGAAACACCUUGACAAAGAAACAUCUGUUGUAUAUCAUGACAUGGAAUCAUCUCCAUUGAAGACUAAGAAACAGUUUUCUGUCAAAGUAACUGAUGUCAACGAUGUAGAACCACAUUUUACCAAAGAGACAUUCCAAUUCCUCACCUAUGAAAACCAGAAAGUUGACUUCCCUAUUGGCUUCAUCAAUGCUACAGACCCUGAUCUUGGAGAUGGAGGCCAACUUACAUAUUCCAUCAUCAAUGAUAACAACAAUGAUAACAUUCCUUUCCAACUGACAAAAUAUGGAUUUAUUUCUACAUCACAAUCAAUAGAUCGAGAAAUGAAAGACAUCUAUAAGUUCAAGGUCUUAGUGAAAGAUAAUGGAACACCUUCUCUCAAUGACACUGCCAAUAUUGUUAUUGAGAUUCUAGAUAAAAACGAUAAUGCUCCCUAUUUCAUCUUUCCUAAUAAUGACCCUUACAAUCUAGAUGUCCACUACCAUCCACACAAUAAUCCAAACUUUCUCUCUCAGACUGAGAUGAGACAAUUACUGUAUCAGACUAACAAUCCUGUUGCAAUAACGAGAAAUGCAGAAGAGAUAUUUAACCGAAAUCUUCAGACAAUAAAAUCUAAAAGUCAGUUUUUUCUGGAGAUGGAACAGACACCAGAUGAGUGGAAAUUCUCCACAACACAAAGGAGACUUCCACCUGUGCCUCAGGACAGAGAAGCUAGCAAGAGUAAUGGCAAGACUAAACCAUAUGAUGAGAUACCUGCAGAACCAGAAUAUACCAAUGACAAUCCAGUUGCAGCCACAAUACUAAAGGGACAACAAAUACAAGAUACCUAUCUACAGCCAACAUAUAUGUCAGACUUGUAUGUGGAUCCUAUAUUUGUAGUUGCAGUCAUGAAUGAAAACAUUUUUUACUUGGUGUGUUUGCUAUAUACACAACAGUCUCUUGUAAUGUCUGUAGACAUCACCUACCAUGUCAACGAAGAAGACAGUCCUCAUACCUAUAUAGGAGACAUUGCUGUUGACUCUAACUUAUCACACCCUCUCACACAUCAACAACACACUCUCAUUACAUUUACACAACUACAAAGGACAGUCGAGAGUGGUUCUCACUUAUUUAAUGUCACCAACUCAGGAAAACUAUACACUACUCAAACACUGGAUGCUGAGUCUCUGUGUACAUACAACAAGGAAUGUUCCAGAAUAGUUAAAGUAGCAGUGAGGAAAGGAAAAACUUUCAUGAAGAUUUUGAAGGUGAAAAUAAUAAUAGAAGACAUCAAUGACCAUUCUCCAGAAUUUACGGAUGAUGAAAUAGGUAUCAAGUUUGCAGAGGAUAGUCUGAAAGGAAAUAAGAAAAAAAUUCCAUAUGCUAUAGACAGAGAUAUUACCGUCAUAAAUUCCCAAAUUUCAUAUAACAUAAAAUACCAUAAAAGAGAACCAUUUUCUUUGUAUAUGGCAAAAGAUAAUGAUGGUGUUUUUAUACCUGAACUGACGUUAGAAGACAAAUUAGACAGGGAAGUAAAGGAUUUGUAUAUAUUGACCUUAGAGGCUAAAGAUGGCGGGAAAAUUCCGAAAACAGCUACGCUCAAGGUACGCAUAUCUGUGACAGAUGUUAAUGAUAACACACCUGUAUUUUCACAGAAACUCUACAACAUCUCUAUAAAUAAUUCACAUCAAAGACAUUUACCAAUUCUUACUUUAAAAGCCACAGAUCAAGAUUCUGGACAAAAUGGAAAGAUAUCUUAUCAUUUCAACCAUAAAACAUCUCAAAAUAUCCAGAAAUAUUUUGUAUUGGAUAAGAAAACAGGAGAUUUAUUUUUACAUGAUAAUUUUCACUUUAGUAAGAUGCAGUCUUUAUUUAUAGAAGCAAGAGAUGGAGGGAAUCCACCACUAAAGUCGGUAGCCAGAAUUCACAUUUAUGUAAUUAAUAACCAAAACAAUGUUCCAUUGAUAAAUAUAGAUUUUGUAUCUCCUUUAACAGAGAGUUCCACAGCUGUUUCAGAAAACAGUGAAGUAGAUAGUUUUAUAGCUUAUGUUAUGGUCACUGACACUGAUAGUGGACCCAAUGGUGAGGUUAUCUGUGAUUUAAAACAUGAUAAGUUUAAACUUGCCAAAAUAGAUUCUAAAGAAUAUAAGAUAAUUAUUAAGGGCCAUCUUGACAGAGAAAUAAGGGACCACUAUAAAGUAUCUAUUGUGUGUCAUGACAUGGGGUCACCUCAACUAGAAAGUAAAAAAUAUUUCUCUGUCAAAGUAACUGAUGUCAAUGAUGUAGAACCACAUUUUACCAAAGAGACAUUCCAAUUCCUCACCUAUGAAAACCAGAAAGUUGACUUCCCUAUUGGCUUCAUCAAUGCUACAGACCCUGAUCUUGAAGAUGGAGGCCAACUUACAUAUUCUAUCAUCAAUGAUAACAACAAUGAUAACAUUCCAUUCCAACUGACAAAAUAUGGAUUUAUUUCUACAUCACAAUCAAUAGAUCGAGAAAUAUGUAUUAAUCACACAAAUGACUCACCUACAACUGCAGAUAAUCCCAACUUUCUCUCUCAGACUGAGAUGAGACAAUUACUAUAUCAGACUAACAAUCCUGUUGCAAUAACAAGAAAUGCAGAAGAGAUAUUUAACCGAAAUCUUCAGACAAUAAAAUCUAAAAGUCAGUUUUUUCUGGAAAUGGAACAGACACCAGAUGAGUGGAAAUUCUCAACAACACAAAGGAGACUUCCACCUGUGCCUCAGAGAUGUGAUUCAAUCCAUAGUCAAGAACGUCGCACCAGUUGCAACUACAACAGUGGCUCCUUAACAUCCCAAAAGGACAGAGAAGCUAGCAAGAGUAAUGGCAAGACUAAACCAUAUGAUGAGACACCUGCAGAACCAGUAAGCCAUUGUAAGUGGCAAGCAGCCAGAGCCAUCAGCACAUCGGGUAAAAUGCUUCGAGAUAUUACAUACCAUGUCAAGGAAGAAGACAGUCCUCACACCUAUAUAGGAGACAUUGCUGUUGACUCUAACUUAUCACACCCUCUCACACAUCAACAACACACUCUCAUUACAUUUACACAACUACAAAGGACAGUCGAGAGUGGUUCUCACUUAUUUAAUGUCACCAACUCAGGAAAACUAUACACUACUCAGACACUGGAUGCUGAGUCUCUGUGUACAUACAACAAGGAAUGUUCCAGAAUAGUUAAAGUAGCAGUAAGGAAAGAAGAAACAUUUAUGAAAAUAUUAAGAAUUAAAAUACUCAUAGAUGACAUCAAUGACCAUUCUCCAGAGUUUCCACAGAAUGAAGUUGAAAUUGAAUUUCUUGAGAGCCACCUUAAAGACAACAAAUUGGACAGGGAAAUAAAAGAUUCAUAUAUGUUGAUCUUGGAAGCUAAAGAUGGAGGCAACUUUCCCAAAACAGCUACACUCAAGGUACACAUAGCUGUAACAGAUGUCAAUGAUAAGGUACCUGUAUUUUCUCAGAAACUUUACAACAUCUCUAUAAAUAAUUCGCAUCAAAGACAUUUACCAAUUCUUACUUUAAAAGCCACAGAUCAAGAUUCUGGACAAAAUGGAAAGAUAUCUUUUUAUUUCAACCAUAAAACAUCUCGAAAUAUCCAGAAAUAUUUUGUAUUAGAUAAGAAAACUGGAGAUUUAUUUUUACAUGAUAAUUUUCAGUUUACUAAGAUGCAAUCUUAUAAAUUAUUUAUUGAAGCAAGGGAUGGAGGAAAACCACCCAAAAAGUCUGUUGCAGCAGUUCAGAUUCAUGUAGUUAAUAACCAGAAUAAUGCUCCGUUGAUUAAUAUAGAUUUUGUAUCUCCUUUAUCAGAGAGUUCCACAGCAGUUUCAGAAGCAAAUAUUACAUACCAUGUCAAGGAAGAAGACAGUCCUCACACCUAUAUAGGAGACAUUGCUGUUGACUCCAACUUAUCACACCCUCUCACACAUCAACAACACACUCUCAUUACAUUUACACAACUACAAAGGACAGUCGAGAGUGGUUCUCACUUAUUUAAUGUCACCAACUCAGGAAAACUAUACACUACUCAGACACUGGAUGCUGAGUCUCUGUGUACAUACAACAAAGAAUGUUCCAGAAUUGUUAAGGUAGCAGUGAGGAGAGGAGAAACUUUUAUGAAAAUAUUAAAAAUUAAAAUAUUAGUAGAAGACGUCAAUGACCAUUCUCCAGAAUUUCCACAAAAUGAAGUUGAAAUUGAAAUUUCUGAAAGGGAGAGUAAAGGUACUAAAAUCCCUCUUCUAAAUGCCAUUGAUGAAGAUAUUUCAAUACAGAAUUCUCAAAUUACAUAUAUGCUUAAGAAAAGUAAAAGAGAACCAUUUUCUCUCUCAUUUGAAAAGCGUUAUGAUGGUGUUUUCAUACCUACUCUAGUUUUAGGAGACAAAUUGGACAGGGAACUCAAAGACUCAUAUAUGUUGACCCUGGAAGCUAAAGAUGGAGGGAACCCUCCCAAAACAGCUACACUCAAGGUACACAUAUCUGUGACAGAUGUCAAUGAUAACGUACCUAAAUAUUUUGUAUUAGAUAAGAAAAUUGGAGAUUUAUUUUUACAUGACGAUUUUCAUUUUAGUAAAAAGCAGUCAUAUAAAUUAUUUAUAGAAGCACGAGAUGGAGGAAAACCUCCCCUCAGUUCUGUAACUAAAGUCCAGAUUCACAUUAUUAAUAACAGGAAUACUGCUCCAUUGAUAAACAUAGAUUUUGUAUCUCCUUUAUCAGAGAGCUCAGCAGCAGUUUCAGAAUCAAGCAAAAUUGGUAGUUUUAUAGCUUAUGUUAUGGUCACUGACACUGACAGUGGACCUAAUGAAUAUACCAAUGACAAUCCAGUUGCAGCCACAAUACUAAAGGGACAACAAAUACAAGAUACCUAUCUACAGCCAACAUAUGAAAGACAGGAUAUUACAUACCAUGUCAAUGAAGAAGACAGUCCUCACACCUAUAUAGGAGACAUUGCUGUCGACUCUAACUUAUCACACCCUCUCACACAUCAACAACACACUCUCAUUACAUUUACACAACUACAAAGGACAGUCGAGAGUGGUUCUCACUUAUUCAAUGUCACCAACUCAGGAAAACUAUACACUACUCAAAUACUGGAUGCUGAGUCUCUGUGUACAUACAACAAGGAAUGUUCUAGAAUAGUUAAAGUAGCAGUGAGAAAGGGACAAACGUUUAUGAAAAUAUUAAGAAUUAAAAUAUUUAUAGAAGACAUUAAUGACCAUUCUCCAGAAUUUCCAAAGAAUGAAAUCAUAAUUCAGUUUUUGGAGAGCCACUUCAAAGGUAGUAAAAUCCCUCUUCUGAAUGCCAUUGAUCAAGAUAUUACAAUACAGAAUUCUCAAAUUACAUAUAUGAUCAAGAAAAGUAAAAGAGAACCAUUUUCUCUCUCAGUUGAAAAACGUUAUGAUGGUGUUUACAUACCUACUUUAGUUUUAGGAGACAAAUUAGACAGGGAACUCAAAGACUCUUACAUGUUGACCCUGGAAGCUAAGGAUGGAGGGAACCCUCCAAAAACAGCUACACUCAAAGUACACAUAUCUGUAACAGAUGUCAAUGAUAACGUACCUGUAUUUUCACAGAAACUCUACAACAUAUCUAUUAAUAGUUCACAUCAAAGACAUUUACCAAUCCUUACUUUAAAAGCCACAGAUCAAGAUUCUGGACCCAAUGGAGAGCUUUCUUACCAUUUCAACCACAAAACCUCUCGAAAUAUUCAGAAAUAUUUUGUAUUAGAUAAGAAAACUGGAGAUUUAUUUUUACAUGAUAAUUUUCAAUUUAGUAAAAAGCAGUCAUAUAAAUUAUUUAUUGAAGCACAGGAUGAAGGAAAUCCACCCUUAAGUUCUGUAGCCAAAGUCCAGAUACAUGUUAUUAAUAACCAAAAUACUGCUCCAUUAAUAAAUAUAGAUUUUGUAUCUCCUUUAACAGAGAGCUCAGCAGCUGUUUCAGAAUCAAGUAAAAUUGGUAGUUUUAUAGCUUAUGUUAUGGUCACUGACACUGAUAGUGGACCCAAUGGUGAGGUUAUCUGUGAUUUAAAACAUGAUAAGUUUAAACUUGCCAAAAUAGAUUCUAAAGAAUAUAAAAUGAUUGUUAAGGGCCAUCUUGACAGAGAAAUAAGGGACCACUAUAAAGUAUCUAUUGUGUGUCAUGACAUGGGGUCACCUCAACUAGAAAAUAUUACAUACCACGUCAAGGAAGAAGACAGUCCUCACACCUAUAUAGGAGACAUUGCUGUUGACUCCAACUUAUCACACCCUCUCACACAUCAACAACACACUCUCAUUACAUUUACACAACUACAAAGGACAGUCGAGAGUGGUUCUCAUUUAUUCAAUGUCACCAACUCAGGAAAAUUAUACACUACUCAAACACUAGAUGCUGAGUCUCUUUGUACAUACAACAAGAAAUGUUCCAGAAUUGUUAAGGUAGCAGUAAGGAAAGGAAAGACAUUUAUGAAAAUUCUAAAAAUUGAAAUAUUAAUAGAAGACAUCAAUGACCAUUCUCCAGAAUUUCCACAAAAUGAAGUUGAAAUUGAAUUUCUUGAGAGCCACCUUAAAGGUACUAAAAUCUCUCUUCUUAAUGCCAUUGAUAAAGAUAUUUCAAUAAACAAUUCUCAAAUUACAUAUAUGAUUAAGAAAAGUAUGAGAGAGCCAUUUUCACUCUCUGUUACAAAACACAAGGGCAUUUUCAUACCUGAAUUAAUUCUAGAAGAUAGAUUAGACAGGGAAGUCAAAGACUCAUACAUGUUGACCCUGGAAGCUGAAGAUGGAGGGAACCCACCAAAAAGAGCUACACUCAAGGUACACAUUUCUGUCACAGAUGUCAAUGAUAACACACCUGUAUUUACACAUGACCUGUACAACACCUCUGUAAAUAAUUCACAUCAAAGACAUUUACCAAUUCUUACUUUAAAAGCCACAGAUCAAGAUUCUGGAGACAAUGGAAAGAUUUCAUAUCAUUUCAACCAUAAAACAUUUCAAAAUAUCCAGAAGUAUUUUGUAUUAGAUAAGAAAACUGGAGAUUUAUUUUUAAAUGAUAAUUUUCAGUUUAGUAAAAUGCAAUCUUAUAAAUUAUUUAUUGAAGCAAGAGAUGGAGGAAAACCACCCAAAAAGUCUGUUGCAGCAGUUCAGAUUCAUGUAGUUAAUAACCAGAAUACUGCUCCAUUAAUAAAUAUAGAUUUUGUAUCUCCUUUAUCAGAUAGUUCCACAGCUGUUUCAGAAGACAGUGAAGUAGAUAGUUUUAUAGCUUAUGUUAUGGUCACUGACACUGAUAGUGGCCCUAAUGGUGAGGUUAUCUGUGAUUUAAAACAUGAUAAGUUUAAACUUGCCAAAAUAGAUUCUAAAGAAUAUAAAAUGAUUGUUAAGGGCCAUCUUGACAGAGAAAUAAGAGACCACUAUAAAGUAUCUGUUGUGUGUCAUGACAUGGGGUCACCUCAACUAGAAAGAUAUAUCAACUUCUCUAGUGCUUGUGCCAUGACAAAAUGUACCCAGCACUCUCUAAUUCCAGACAUGACACCAUAUAUUGGUCUACUGUGUCUUCUACAUUUACUGAUCACCCUUGUACUGUCCAUAGAUAUUACAUACCAUGUCAAGGAAGAAGACAGUCCUCACACCUAUAUAGGAGACAUUGCUGUUGACUCCAACUUAUCACACCCUCUCACACAUCAACAACACACUCUCAUUACAUUUACACAACUACAAAGGACAGUCGAGAGUGGUUCUCACUUAUUUAAUGUCACCAACUCAGGAAAACUAUACACUACUCAAACACUGGAUGCUGAGUCUCUGUGUACAUACAACAAGGAAUGUUCCAGAAUAGUUAAAGUAGCAGUGAGGAAAGGAAAGACAUUUAUGAAAAUAUUAAAACUAAAAAUAUUAAUAGAGGAUGUCAAUGAUCAUUCACCAGAAUUUCCACAAAAUGAAGUUGAAAUUGAAUUUCUAGAAAGAGACACUACAGGGACAAGAAUCUCUCUCCUAAAUGCCAUUGAUGAAGAUAUUUCAAUAAAAAAUUCUCAAAUUACAUAUAGAAUUAAGAAUAGUAAGAGAGAGCCAUUUUCACUCUCUGUUACAAAACACAAGGGCAUUUUCAUACCUGAAUUAAUUCUAGAAGAUAGAUUAGACAGGGAACUCAAAGAUUCAUAUAUGUUGACCUUGGAAGCUAAAGAUGGAGGGAACCCUCCCAAAACAGCUACACUCAAGGUACACAUAUCUGUAACAGAUGUCAAUGAUAACACACCUGUAUUUUCACAAGAAGUGUACAACAUCUCUAUAACUAACUCACAUCAAAGACAUUUACCAAUUCUUACUUUAAAAGCCACAGAUCAAGAUUCUGGAGACAAUGGAAAGAUUUCUUAUCAUUUCAACCAUAAAACAUCUCGAAAAAUCCAGAAGUAUUUUGUAUUAGAUAAGAAAACUGGAGAUUUAUUUUUACAUGAUAAUUUUCAGUUUCCUAAGAUGGAGUCUUAUAAAUUAUUUGUAGAAGGAAGAGACGGAGGAAAGCCUCCCAAAAAAUCUGUUGCAGCAGUUCAAAUUCACAUGAUUAAUAAUGAGAAUACUGCUCCAUUAAUAAAUAUAGAUUUUGUAUCUCCUUUAAGAUGUGAUUCAAUCCAUAGUCAAGAACGUCGCACCAGUUGCAACUACAACAGUGACACCUUAACAUCCCAAAAGGACAGAGAAGCUAGCAAGAGUAAUGGCAAGACUAAACCAUAUGAUGAGACACCUGCAGAACCAGCAACUGUCACACUAUUAUAUCAGCAGUUACACAGGAACACCACCACCACUACAACAACAGCAGCAGCAGCAGUAACACAGGAACACUACUACAACAGCAGUUGUACCACUAUAAUACCACUUCAGCAGCAGCAGCAGUUAGAGUGGAACACUACAGCAGGAUACACAUCAUCCAUCACACACAACUACAGUGAAGGAUUAAACAAUGCAGACUACGCUAUGCUGAUGAUGUCUAAGAGACUGAAACAUGGAAACAGUUGUCCCUUAAUGCAAAUAUUAUGCAUUCCUUCCCUUGAGCAUUCUCUGUGUACAUACAACAAGGAAUGUUACAGAAUAGUUAAAGUAGCUGUGAGAAAGGGACAAACGUUUAUGAAAAUCCUGAAAAUAAAAAUAUUAAUAUAUGACAUCAAUGACCAUUCACCAGAAUUUCCACAGAAUGAAGUUAAAAUUAAAUUUUCUGAGACAGACAGUAAAGGAACUAGAAUAUCCCUUCUAAAUGCAAUAGAUAAAGAUAUUUCAAUAAAAAAUUCUCAACUUACAUAUAUAAUUGAAAUAAGAAAGAGUGAACCAUUUUCUCUCUCUGUCACAAAACAGGAUGGUAUUUUCAUACCUGAACUCAUACUAGAAGAAACAUUAGACAGAGAACUACAAGACUCAUAUAUUUUGGCAGUUCAAGCUAAAGAUGGAGGGAACCCUCCCAAAACAGCUACACUCAAGGUACACAUAUCUGUAACAGAUGUCAAUGAUAACAUACCUGUAUUUUCACAGAGACUCUACAACAUCUCUAUAAAUAAUUCACAUCAAAGACAUUUACCAAUUCUUACUUUAAAAGCCACAGAUCAAGAUUCUGGAGACAAUGGAAAGAUUUCUUUUCAUUUCAACCAUAAAACAUCUCAAAAUAUCCAGAAAUAUUUUGUAUUAGAUAAGAAAACUGGAGAUUUAUUAUGUAUUAAUCACACAAAUGAGUCACCUACAACAGCAGAUAAUCCAAACUUUCUCUCUCAGACUGAGAUGAGACAAUUACUGUAUCAGACUAACAAUCCUGUUGCAAUAACGAGAAAUGCAGAAGAGAUAUUUAACCGAAAUCUUCAGACAAUAAAAUCUAAAAGUCAGUUUUUUCUGGAGAUGGAACAGACACCAGAUGAGUGGAAAUUCUCAACAACUCAAAGAAGACUCCCACCUGUGCCUCAGCUAGAUGCUGAGUCUCUGUGUACAUACAACAAGGAAUGUUCCAGAAUAGUUAAAGUAGCAGUGAGGAAAGAAGAAACAUUUAUGAAAAUUCUAAGGAUUAAAAUAUUAAUAGAUGACAUCAAUGACCAUUCUCCAGAAUUUCCAUAUCAGAAAGUUGACAUAGAAUUUGGUGAAACUGAAGCAAAAGGUCUAACAAAAACAAUUCCAAAUGCUAUUGAUGAAGAUAUUUCAAUCAAAAAUUCUCAAAUUACAUAUAUGAUUAAGAAAAGUAAAAGAGAACCAUUUUCUCUCUCAGUCACAAAGCGACAUGACGGUGUCUAUAUUCCAGGACUGGUUCUAGAAGAUAAAUUAGACAGAGAACUCAAAGACUCAUAUAUGUUCACUAUAGAAGCUAAAGAUGGAGGGAACCCUCCAAAAACAGCUACACUCAAGGUACACAUAUCUGUGACAGAUGUCAAUGAUAACACACCUGUAUUUUCACAGAAACUCUACAACAUUUCUAUAAUCAAUUCACAUCAAAGACAUUUACCAAUUCUUACUUUAAAGGCCACAGAUCAAGAUUCUGGCAACAAUGGAAAGAUUUCUUUUCAUUUCAACCAUAAAACAUCUCGAAAUAUCCAGAAAUAUUUUAUAUUAGAUAAGAACACUAAUGAUCCUGUUGCAAUAACCAGAAAUGCAGAAGAGAUAUUUAACCGAAAUCUUCAGAGAUUAAAAUCUAAAAACCAGUUUUAUAUGGAAAUGAAGCAAGCAACAGAGGAAUGGAAAUUCUCAACACCCCAAAUCCUACCACCAACACCAUUUACUAAUCAACAAACACACAAGACAAAACAGUCCCAUCUCAUACAGAACUAUGAACUAAAUGGAAAUGCAAGGCAGAUGCCACUGGACACAUCUUUGAGUAUUAAAUUCCCCAGGAUGAUGAGAGUGGACAUAAAGCUGAUGAUGACUGGAUACAUUACCUUACUUGUGUGUCUUCUACAUUUACUGAUCACCCUUGUACUGUCCAUAGAUAUUACAUACCACGUCAAUGAAGAAGACAGUCCUCACACCUAUAUAGGAGACAUUGCUGUUGACUCCAACUUAUCACACCCUCUCACACAUCAACAACACACUCUCAUUACAUUUACACAACUACAAAGGACAGUCGAGAGUGGUUCUCACUUAUUUAAUGUCACCAACUCAGGAAAACUAUACACUACUCAGACACUGGAUGCUGAGUCUCUGUGUACAUACAACAAGGAAUGUUCCAGAAUUGUUAAGGUGGCAGUGAGGAAAGGAAAGACAUUUAUGAAAAUUCUUAAAGUUAAAAUAAUUAUAGUAGACAUAAACGACCAUGCUCCCAAGUUUCCAGAAAAUCAGUUCCAUCUGGAAUUUGAUGAAAAUGAUGGAGUUGGAACUAAGAAAUCCCUACCAAACUCUAUCGACAAAGAUGUUAGUGUUCAGAAUUCAAAUAUUAGAUACCAGCUGAAUAAGAAUAUUGAUGGUGUUUUCUCAUUGAUAACAUCAAACUUAUAUGGCAAUAUAUUUACACCUGAAAUAGUUUUAGAAAAAAAGUUGGACCGAGAAACAAAAGCUAGCCAUAUGUUAGAGUUAGUAGCAAAAGAUGGAGGUUCCCCACCAAAAUAUGACAUCUUGGAAAUUCUUAUAGAAUUAACAGAUGUUAAUGAUAAUAGACCAAUAUUUUCACAGAAAAUGUACAAUGUCUCUGUGACAAAUUCACAUAAAACAUCAUCUCCAAUAUUGACUUUAUCAGCAACUGAUAUGGAUUCAGGACAAAAUGCUAAGAUUUCAUUCUUAUUUAAUCAACAAACAUCAAAUGAAGCAAAGAAACAUUUCACAUUAAAUAAAAUCACUGGAGACAUUUUCUUUAAGCAAAAAUUUAGUUAUGAUAACAAACAGAUAUAUAAUUUAUUUGUUGAAGCAAGAGAUAUGGGAAGUCCAUCUUUGAGUUCCAUAACAAAGAUACAAGUAAAUGUAAUUAAUACUCAAAAUUCUGCUCCAUUGAUAAAUAUAGAUUUUGUAUCUCCUUUAACAGAGAGUUCCACAGCAGUUUCAGAAGACAGUGAAGUAGAUAGUUUUAUAGCUUAUGUUAUGGUCACUGACACUGACAGUGGACCUAAUGGUGAGGUUAUCUGUGAUUUAAAACAUGAUAAGUUUAAACUUGCCAAAAUAGAUUCUAAAGAAUAUAAAAUGAUUGUUAAGGGCCACCUUGACAGAGAAAUAAGGGACCACUAUAAAGUAUCUGUUGUGUGUCAUGACAUGGGGUCACCUCAACUAGAAAGUAAAAAAUAUUUCUCUGUCAAAGUAACUGAUGUCAAUGAUGUAGAACCACAUUUUACCAAAGAGACAUUCCAAUUCCUCACCUAUGAAAACCAG